UGAAGGUCAGGUUUAUCUUAAAAAAGAACUAGCUAGUACGUAUCUACAAAUAUUUGUUAGGCAAAAUUAUCAAUUUGUUACCAAAAUGGUGCUACUACGCAAAUCUUUGUUGAUAUCUGUCAUUGUGAUGGUAAUGAUACAGAAAAAUGCAAUGGCCGCUCAACACGUUGUUGGUGGAAGCCAAGGAUGGGAUGAAUCUGCUGAUUUCAAAUCCUGGGCUUCUGGUCAGACAUUCAAAGUUGGUGAUACACUAGUAUUUAGGUACAAUCCAGGCCUUCACAGUGUUGUAGAACUUGAGGGUGAUAGCUCAUACAAGAGUUGUGAUAUAAGCAGUACAGUGAACUCGAUGAGUGCGGGUAAUGAUGUGGUUAAACUAAACAAGCCAGGGACUAGAUACUUUGCUUGUGGAACAGCAGGUCAUUGUGACCAGGGAAUGAAGCUUAAGAUUAAAACUGUUACUGGAAGUGCACCUUCUAAUCAGGCAGAUUCUUCCACGCCUAGCUCUUCUUCUGCAGCUUCUCAUUGUUUUUCUACCGCAUUUUUCACUUUCAUUGCUGCAAUUUCGACUGUACAAAUGGCUCUAGUGUUCCUCUUAUAAGACACAUUUUUGCUUUAUUGAUUCAAUGUUUUGCACUUGAUGAGGCAGAGUAGCUGGUAUUUAAUUAUAUGGAGUGGAACACUAUGUUAAUUUUGUCAAUAAGUUGUUCAUUUGAUGUAUUGUAAUUCUUAAAUCUAUAAAAGAAUGACGAGCAUAUUUUCACAA